CUAAUCUCUCUAAUGUAAUUUCAUCCUCAACAAAUUAAAACACAACUCGAUCCACAUCUUUUACUACUUUUGCUAGAAAAUCAUGAAAGAAAAUCUCAUUUCUUUGUUUGAAAUUCUUCAUAUUAGUUUUAUUUGUUGAUCAUAUUACUUUUUUUUUUUUUAUAUUUAAAACCCCUUUUCAAACAAGUAUUUUUCUACUGUUUUUUGUUUAUGAACAAAUUUCAUUACGUUGCUUGAACUCUUUGAAAAUAUUUUCAUUGUUGAUAAUCUUAUUAUUAGGAACACGAAAAAUGCAAGGUGACCAUACAUCAUCAAAAAUAUUAAUGAAUAUGAGCCCAUCAAACUUUCAAGAGCAACAAGAAAAUCUAAAAUGUCCAAGAUGUGAAUCUAUCAACACAAAGUUUUGUUACUACAACAACUACAAUCUUUCACAACCACGGCACUUUUGUAAAAACUGUCGUCGGUAUUGGACUAAAGGCGGUACUCUACGUAACAUUCCCAUAGGUGGAGGCACUCGCAAAAACAAUAAACGUAGUUCAUCAAACUACUCCAACAAAAGUAGUGUUUAUUCUACUAAUUCAUCAAGUCCUGCGGUGGUGGAGCAGGCUCCACCGCACUCAGAGCAGAAAAAUGAAGCUUCAAGUGGCAUAUAUGGUUAUGAUAGUGAUCAAAUGGGAGGUGGUGGAAGUUUUAGUUCAUUAUUGGUGUCGACGACGACUCCUGGAGGUCAGUUUGCGAAGUUAUUGAUGGAUGGAUUGAGCCCGAAUUUUGUCCAUGGGUCUAAUGAUAAUAGUUUGAUACAAAAUCCUAAUAAUGUGGGAGAAUUUCAGAGUAAUUUUAUGAGUUUGAAUCAUAAAAGUAGUGAUCAAAGUGUAAGUGAAGGAGUAGAUAAUGCAUGGCCUGAUCUUUCCAUUUUCACUCCAGGUUCUAGUUUUAAUUAGAUUAUAUCUAUGUCCUAAAGUUAAAUAUACACAUAAAUUAAGUAGACAACUAUGAGAGGUUGUUCUUAUUUUUUGCUUGUUUAGUUUGAUGUUGUAUUCUUUGAAAUCUCUAAGGUGAGUGAGUUUGAAGUUCAAUUGGUGGAGUACUAUUAGCAAUUAGCCAUCAAGAACCAACCGGCUUGUAGUCAAUCGGUAUCGGUUAUACUUUGUAAUAGUGAGGUCGAGAGUUCAAACCAUGUGAUAGGUAUAGUAUUUAGUUUAAUAGUUGGUUUGAUCGAUAAAAGAAAUAUUUAUAUAAUAAAUUAGGCAUCAAGAAAUUUGGUUUUUCUUAGUGGAGUGUAUUUAUGAAAUUGUUUGCAAGUUGGUUAUUA